AUGACCAAAAAGGACCAGAUAGUUCAAAAUAUAGAUUUGCGAUAUAUUUCGGCCCAUUCACACGCUGGACAACGAAUUGUCAUCUUCCCCUAUCUAUCUUUGGAGCUUAAACAAAGAACGCUAGGUUGGUCGGACGAUAUCUUUUCGCACUGCAAGCUGCGUGAUAAUCAUGACCAAGCAUUUCAGUUCACCGUUCAAGUCAACGAGGAUAAUCUCCCCCCGGAGGUCAAGGGUCUGGAAGGCGAAGACUUUCUGUUAGGCGUCGCACGGUUAUUACAUAGUAGCAAAGACCCUUGUGAUAUUUCAGUGGACUUUGCACAGGACAUAUCUGGACAAGCCCGAAACAUGCUAUACGUUGCUCAAGUCCUUAUAUACGAACCUGAAGAGAAAACCGAAGAGGGUUUGUGUGGAUUGCUGAAAACUGCUGCACCCGGUUGGACAGAUGACAUAUUUUCGCGAUGCAAACUCGCAGAGGUUAGCGAUGACCUGGUCCGAUUCAACGUUCAAAUGGAUGAGAGCAGACUGCCCCCAACGAUCAAAGGUCUAGAAGGAGAGGAACUGUUGCUAAAAGUCGCUCAGCUACUACACGGGGACCAUAACGCCUGCCGAAUCUCGACAGGCUUUGCAGAGGGCACACCUCAAGAAACCCAAACCGACAUGCUUGUCAGUACUGCGGAAUCCGAGGAUAUCUGUCCAAAAUGUCUAUCUCCUCAGGGGCACAACACCAGUGAUAAGAGUGUGAACUCCGUAAUUGUUUCAGAUAGAAGGAUCGGGUCGAAUUUGGAAGUUCCGGGUCAUAAUCGGCUCGGCACAAAUGUACAGUCGAUCGGCGUAUUUUGA